AUCUUGCGGACUUUGGCCGGCCUUUUUGCCACGCGCGUCUCCCCGGAACAGGCCUCGUACGUGUUUCCGGGCGUGAUCUCCAAAGUGGUCAACUUCCACUCCAGAGCGAAAAACUUGCCGUCCGAUGCCUUGCUUUCCGUUUUGGACAUCCUCCGCACACUCAUCGUCAAGGUGUUCUCUGACAGGUCGCUCGACAUCUCCAUCUCCGACGUGGCGGCGACACCAACUGACUUGCUGAGUCUCCCUGGCUUGCUUCUGCGCGAGGACAAGGAGACGGAUCUGGAAGAGGUGCCAGUUAAGGUGAUUCUACAGAAUACCGCCAACAAGCACCGAACCAGCGCAUGGCUAAAUGCCACAUCCAAGCAGCUCAAGAUCUCGAUCUCCGUAUUCAUGAAAAACCUCAUCCUCAGUCCAGGCUCAAGGACCAGAAUCGCGUCGAACCCCCGCUUGGCCGACGGGGUCUUCUCGUUUGUCUCCGAAAUCGUGCGCAACUGCUUCAAGGCGUUAUUCCGCGAAGUGAUCCCAAGCACGUUUGACAUUCUCUCCGCUCUAUUUCACGUCUUGACAGUCGGCCUGCUGGACUACACGCAGCGUGGCUUUUUCCGCAAAACAGAGGCUGUCUACCUCAUGCUCGGCCGCUCCGACUUGCGCUUGUUGUCAAAACAAUUACACGCAAAGACACUGAACCUAGUCUUGACCCAGUUGCCGCAAGUUUUGUCCUCUGCUAGCGAGGACAAAAUUUGUCUUUGCGUCUCGGCAUUAAAAGUCCACUUGCACGUCUCCGCAGCUCUUGACAGUGCUUUGCUUGCUAAUCCGGACAAACUCAAUCAGCUCAGUGCAACCAUUUUGAACACUCUUUCUACAAACGUGGCCCAGAACAUCAUCCGUGCUGAUAUUCACGCAAAGGAUGGUGCAGGCAAGAAACAGCUCCUCGAAUUUCUAGGUGGCCAGAGCCCUCUGGAAGGUUCGGGCAAUACUCUAGAUGAGAUUGAGCUUCCGCCACACAUCGAUGCCAAACACCUCUCCACCAUCAAUAAAAAGAAAAAUUCAUUUGUGCCUGUGCCCAAGACAAGUCUUAUGAAGCGAUUGGACCUUAAUCUUGAAAGUCAUGAGACCACGGUGCAGUUUUUUGGCGCCGCAUACUCAAAAACUUCAGAAAAAGUUAUCCAAAGCCUUGCCGCUUUCCUUGGUGAUCAUUGCCAUGCGAACACAGAAACCAUAGUCGCGUCACUAGUUGGAAAUUUGGACUUUUCAAAUGAGACAGUAGACGCUCUUACCGACCGCAUGGUGGCACUAUGGUUAGCCAACUCGCUCUACAGAAGUCCACCAGGUGCCAUGGAUUCUGCAGUCAAUUUUGACAUCGAUGAGCUUCUUGAAUUUGAUGAGGAUUCCGAAGACGAGCGCAAUUCCCCUCAAGCUGACGAGGAAACAAGUUACCUACUCUUGCAAACAGCGCAGGAUGUGCUUGAAAACACGAAAGUGGUUCUUAGCAAUGGGGAUUUUGAUUCUCGGAGCAAGGAAUACAAGGCUUGUGAAAAUGCUUACUCGGUUGCACUCGAAACCAUCGGACUUCUCGCAAGCCGCUUAAGCAAAGCUGAUUUCCAGGCUGACGUACUCAUGGAUUACUUGUAUCCGCUUUUUGAAGCCCUCACAUAUACACCCGACAGUCCGGUUCAUGUACAAGCAAAGAUUGCUUUGAGCCAAAUUGUGAACCUGCAUUAUGGUGGCUCCUUGGAGCGGCUUGUGGGUGAUAAUGCGGACUAUCUCAUAGAUUCACUUAGUAUGAAUCUCCUGGUGUCUAGUGGUCUCACGCCCUCGCUACCUGGUAUUCUACUUGUCGUGAUCCGGAUCAGUGGCCUGGACUUGUUAUUGCUGAAUCAACUCCAGGAUAUUCUCAGCGAAAUAUUCAUUGUCAUUGACUCUUUUCAUGGAUACUCCUCGCUUGUGGAAAACUUCUUUCACGUGUUCCAAGAGAUUGUUUUGAAGGUGAUGGAAUUAUACGGAUCACAAUUGCGAGAUAACGCCAAACUUCUCCUGGGUCAAACAAGUUCACCCUAUAAGCCGUGGGGUUUGACUAGCAGGGAAGAAAUGCUCAAGCUUAUUGACGAAGCUAAUAAAUUAGUGGAUCCUUUUGCUGACUACGAUUCCGAAAAGGAAUAUUUCGUACGCAAGCCUGGUGUUCCUUUCGGAGAUCAAAUGGGCGAUUCUGAUGACGAGGAUGAAGAAGAUACUCCAGAAGAGCCUCUGCAAGACUCGCCAGAACCAUGGCCCUCUCCAGUGCCAAAAAAUAUUCAUACAUCCGUGCAACAGCUAUUCACCUAUGGACUCCAGCUUUUGUCCCACCCUUCCAUCAAGUUGCGGAUCCAGAUUUUGCAUACCCUCAAAGACGCAUACGUGAUAAUGAGCUCCAAUCACAAAAUCUUGAUGCCUAUACUUGCUCAAUAUUGGCCGCUUCUUCUUGUUAUGAGCGCAGGUGCAUCUAACUUAUCUGAGGACACCCAAGACACGACACUGUUACAAACAGAACAGCUAAUUGCACCCACUUUGGAGCUAAUGCUCGUGAUAUUUGAUGAAGAUGAAAAGCAUGAAAAAUUCAUGUCAAGUCGGUUUCUCGAUAUGUGGGAAUUUAUGAAGAAAAAGGCGCCUGUGAUAUCAAAGAUCUUGAAUUCGAGAAGCUCACGAAUCGAAGGAGCUAUGGUCGCAAAGGCCGUGUCCCUGACUAUUCCAAGUCUCUACUCACGCCUUAUUAUUCGAGGUAUCACUAUUUACGAGAGAAUUGUGCCAGAUUUGAUAGCACACGAGAUGAUUAGGGUGUGCUAUGCCUUGGGCAUCGAUCAGUCUAUGCCCCUUGGACGUGAUGUGCGUAACCAUUUAUGGGUCUUAUCUUAUCUGACAUGA